AUAUAUACGUAUACAAGCAGGAUCUUCUUUUAUCUUGGUUACUUUAGGGGUUUUUUUCGGGGGGGGGGGCUUGGGGCUUCGGUCCCUCCAUUUGGAUUGGUUGUGAAACAGCCUAACGCCUAUAUGAGGCCAUAAACACGUUUUCAUCAGCUGAUCGGGUACAAGUCGAAGUUCACUUCGCUUAUCGAGUUUUUAUCUUGAGAAGCUAGAAGUUGAGUACCUAUUCGAUUUGCAGAAAGGACCCAAGAAAAGGGAGGAAUUGUGCCCGUAUUGUGAAUGAGCUGAGAAGCAAGAAACUGUGAAUAUUAUUUUCACAGCCAAUUUGGUCACAUUGAGAGAGGUAAUGCAUCAACGUGGACAGGACAGCAACCGCCGAAGCAGAACAUUCAGUCGUACAAGAGUUGCAAUUCACACCAUUUGAUCCAAUUCCAAGUGACGUCAGCCGGUUUGCCCGGGAUCAAAAUUUCGAAGAACCUGUGCCAGGCCAAGGCCAAGCAGAAGCAUGGAUUCAAGUAAUGCUAACACAAGGAACAACAUGAAGCAGUUCUGGGAGGGUCAUUCCUCCGAUGGUAGCCUGGAGGAGAUGAUGCUUGACUCCAAUGCCUCUAUGCUGACCAAACACGAACUCCCAGAGGUCAUGUCUUUACUACCAGACCUAAACGAGAAAAGGGUCCUGGAGCUUGGGUCAGGAAUCGGCCGUUUCACCGGUAUUCUUGCUGAAGCAAGUGGUCAUGUGACAGCUGUUGACUUCAUGACAUCAUUUGUUGAGAAGAAUCGAGAGGUCAAUGGUCACAGGAGUAACGUUGACUUCAAACAGGCCGAUGUGAUGACUUUAGAUCUCCCUCUCAACAGUUAUGAUGUGAUCUUUUCCAACUGGCUCUUCAUGUACCUAUCAAAUGAGGAGCUCCUUGCUCUUGCCUCUCGUCUUCUUGGGUGGCUGAAAGAUGGAGGUCACUUGUUUUUCAGAGAGUCCUGCUUUCAUCAGUCAGGUGACAAGAGUCGCAAUUUCAACCCAACCCAGUACCGUAAUCCCGGUGACUACAACUCGAUCUUCCAAGGCACCAGUAGCAGCGUGAACCAGAACGAGGGUGCCCUUUCAUGUGGAUUUCAGCUCAUUAUGUGCCGAAGCAUCCAGUCAUAUAUCAAGCUGAAGAACAACCCUAACCAGUACAGCUGGUUGUGGCAGAAGACCCAACAGGAUGUGGAUGCGAACCAUGGCUUCAAAUCAUUCCAGCAGUUCCUUGACAGCAGACAGUAUUCCCUCAACAGUAUCCUCCGGUAUGAGAAGGUCUUUGGAGAUGGUUACGUCAGCACUGGUGGGCCAGAGACUACACAUGAGUUUCUUGAGUUGCUUGAACUGAAAGAAGGUCAGAUGGUCCUUGAUGUUGGGUGUGGCAUUGGAGGAGGUGACUUCUACAUGGCAGACAAAUACAAUGUAAAUGUUGAUGGCAUUGAUCUAUCAAGUAAUAUGAUAGAGGUAGCUAUGGAUAGAGCACAGGGACAAAAUCAACCAAAGGUCAUCUUUGAGAUAGGCGACAUCACCAAGAGAGAGUAUAACCCUGAAUCAUUUGAUGUUAUCUACAGCAGAGAUACCCUCCUUCACCUCCAAGAUAAACCAGCCAUCUUCAAGAAGUUCCUGACAUGGUUAAGACCUGGUGGUAAGCUGCUGAUAUCUGAUUACUGCUGUGGUGAACUGCCACACAGUGAUGCCUUCAAGGCCUAUGUGGCUCAGAGAGGUUAUACACUCUACACACCAGCUAGAUAUGGACAGCUCUUGGAAGAAGCAGGAUUUGUGAGCGUCAAGGCCGAAGACAGAACAUGGCAGUUCAAAGAUAUGUUACAGAAGGAGCUCAACAGGAUGAUGGACCCCAACCUGGAUAUCCUAAAGGGCUUUAGUGAGGAAGAUGUUCGGGCACUGCAAGACGGAUGGAGGAGCAAGAUCGAGCGGGUCGAUGCUGGGAAUCAGAAGUGGGGUCUCUUUUAUGCCGAGAAGAGUGCUUAAUACCACUCCAUGGAGUGAUGCUUUCGGCUCUAUUAUCACAGGUUGUGAGUGGAAUAGUGAGUGGUCAAACAUUUCAGCAUGCCAGCAUCGCUGAUAAAGAUCUAUUAAUACUCAAUGGAUAAAAUAUAAGUUGGCAGGGCCUUUGCUUGAAGAAAAUUUUGGGAAACCCUUUUUAUAUCAAAGCAUCUUUAUCUAAAUUAUCUUUCAACCUUAAAAAUACCGUUUUGGGGUAUUGAUGAAAGGAAAUCCUUUUUUUUUUAGUUUCUUGCUUUUCUCGCUCUAUAGAUUAUUUCAUAUGAUUGACUUAUAAAGUCUAUGGAAUUUAAAGUUUAAAAUUUAAAGUAAAUAACUAUUUCUUAGAAUUCAAGUACAUUUUAUUCAUUAUUUUGAAUGUCAAACUCCCAUUAUUUUUUUAACUUUGAAAGUGGCAGCAAUCCUGUGCAUUAUUUGUAAAUUGGACAUUCGAGGCAGCUUUUAGUAGUUCUAUCCAUUUUGGGUAAAUGGUUACCAUCCAGGUACAUGACUUGUUAUGAUGCUUUGAAAUAGAUUUGUUAAAGCCAUUUUAGUAAAUGUGAACCAUCAGAGUCUUGUUGAAACCAGAACCAUUGCUUUUGACAUCCAUCUAACUGCAACUCAUUUGCCUGAGCUUUAGGCCUUUGCAUUCAUCAAUUUUGCUAGUUAGAGUUAGGGUUUGGUUUAUCUCCUAAAAUGCUUUUCUGAAAAGCAUAGCGAUCUCAGUCUGAAGUUAGCUAUUUAUUCAAGUAAGAUGCAACUUAAAAACACCACGUAAGGUUUGGCCAUAUACUGGCCAGAAUACAGGCCAUUGUCAUUAGGUCCUUUAUGCACUUGUUAAUUCUAUGAUUUUCAAUUCUGCGGGUUUUCAUCACAUUUGAUAUUCUAGUCCUAAAAUUAUCUAGAUAAACAUAUGGAAUCCACUCGCUGUACACUGUAUAUGCAAAUACAAUGUCAUGUGACAGAAACUGUGAACUCUUGGUAGUCAACCAUCUACACUUGCCAAUUGUACUAGUGACUUUGAAAGAUUAGUGAAAAAUGCCACUCUUGUUGCUCUGAAUUUUUUGUCACUGCUGUUACAUUCCACCAACAACAAUCCCCCCUGUCCCUUUUUUUAUAAGCCAAAGAAGCCGGAUGUUAAAGCCAGAUAUACAUUCCUCUUAGUUAAUCAUUAUGCUUUCAUCACCCCUGUCCAGGGGAAAAAAAAGUUCCCUGGUGCUCAUGGUGCUCAAAAUGCUUGAUUAACUGCAAUGUCAAAGGUUAUCCAAUGUUGCAGAAUGUUGUGAAAAGUAGCCCCUGAAAAUAAAAUGAUUAUUAUUUUUGCCUGCCUCUGACCAGCGUGUAGCACUGCUAAAUAUGUUUUGUUUGUCUUGUACCUUGUACAGGGAAACUUCACUUUUUAUUUGUUUUGUGAUUAGGUCAAAUGAGAAUGAUGGUGACAACAACAAUGGCAAUAUUGAUAAUAUUGGCAUCAAGAACAAUAAUAGUUUAAUUAAUCAGAAUUUUGGUUGAUUGGUGAAAAUUUGCAUGAGCAAGGGGAUUUCUACUCAUAGAAAUAUUCAACAAUUUUUAAUUUUCAAACAAGAUGUCUGUUGCAUUUGAAUUUUAUUUAUUCAGUUUAUCAUGUUUUUACUUGGAGAAAAAAUAAAUAUUUAGUAAUAUAGAUAAUGUACUUCAUUUUUAUUGCUGAGUAAUUUUCAAGAAUUUUAUUGAUAUCAUUUACUGUACCUAAUUAUUUUCCUUCUGUUUUAUAUUCUCAAUGUUUUUUAUUAAUGCAUGGAACCUUAUCGUAAAUACAAAUCUUUAUAAUGAGUACAUGUAUAAUGAAUAAAUGUUGAAUUCAAUUUUGUCAAACAACUCCACCCCUUUGAAAUAUGUCCCUUUCUUCUUACAAAAUACUUGUGCAUGGUAGGUAGCUCAAGAACUCAAAAUAUUAUUAAACAAUUUUGCAACAUUUUUUCUCUUAAAAUUUUGUUUAAAUUAAAUGUGAAAAGCAAUACAUAUCAUACAAUCUUGGUUAUUAUUUCAUGUCAGUUGCUUUGAAUGUUCCCAUAGUUUUAUUUUGAUGUGCACAAAUUAACUAUUAAUAAUUUUAUAUACUGUUUGCAUUGUUCACAUUGCUAAUAUUUUGGAUUUUUUGUGUCUGUUCAUAUCAAUCUUUAUCAUGUAAUGUGGUUUCCUUCCCAAUACAGCUAGUAUAACUAUUUUUAACACUUGUCAUAUUACCGUAGCCUGCAUAGUUAUUCAUUCUUAUAUGCAAAUGAUUGUUCAAUUAAAAAGAGAAGAUUGCCUAUUUUUGCCAUGCAGUAUUUUUAAACCAUACUGUGAGUGAAACUGUCUGUUUUCAUGGAGUCUUUUAGAGUCUGUACAAUUAUCAAUUCAUUCAUAUCUUUCUUGUUUUAAUCACAAGAAAUAUAUUCAAUUUAUGUACCAAUCAAGUAAUGAUAUAAAUAAAUGAAAAAAAUCUCUAAUCAA